AACACGAACCGAGCCGAACUCGGUCCUGUUCUGUGGCUGAGUCCGAGGGUUCGGCUUUCCCGGUCCGCAGACGUCUUCCGCUGACUGGACCCAACAGAACCUCGCGUGUUACACGUGAUCACACACGUGACUCGGUUUUAUCAAACUUUCGAACUUGGUCCAAAGCUUAGAGCGGGUCGGUCCCGGUUCGGCUGCCUGUUUGGAAUGUCUCAGAAGUGUUUCCUGAGUCCCUGUGGAUCGGAACCGCUCUGUCAGAGCUGGUUCAGACAGUGGAACCCAGCAGAACCUUUGACCCGUUUCCUGUCUGCAGGCAGCAGAACCACGGGCCGGUUCUGACUGGUGAACCCAGAGCGAUGUCCCUGCUGAACCCUCUGAGGAGGAUCCUGUGUACCAGACCGCAGGUUCUGGCUCUGACCCGCUUCAGCUCCAGCUAUGUGUCCAGGAUGAGAUUCCUGAACCGGCUGAAGCAGGACGACGAGGCGUGUGCGGCGGCGCUGCAGGACGGCCAGCUGGUUCUGUUCCACCGCCUGCAGCCUCUGCUGCAGCGCGGACCCACCGGAACCUUCAGGCCCGUCACCCUCACCUGCUCAGGAGUCCAAACGCUCCUCCAGAACUUUGGUUCUGAUGGACCUCUGCUGGAGGAUUCGAUUCUGAUUGGCUGCAGCGACCAGAACCAGGCUCAGUUCUGCCUGGAUGUUGGACAUCUGGACCAGGCGGCAGUGGCUGAAUUCUGUGCGGGAACCUUCAUAGAUCUGAGGAAAUCCUUCUUUCUUCUACCGGGUCCUGCGGCCCGGCUGGUGGCGAAGGCUCAAGCUCUGCUGCGCUGGCAUCAGACCAACGGGUUCUGCAGCGCCACGGGCCAGCCCACUCACCGGAACCGGGCCGGCAGCCAGAGGGUCAGCAGCAGCAGCAGCUCCAUGAUCUACUACCCAAAGAUGUCUCCCGUGGUCAUUGUGCUGCUGUCGGACGGGAGCCGCUGCCUGCUGGGCCGGCAGGCGUCCUUCCCUCGCGGGAUGUACAGCGCGCUCGCCGGCUUCUGCGACAUGGGUGAGACUCUGGAGGAGGCGCUGCACAGGGAGGUGGCAGAGGAGGUGGGCUUGGAGGUCCAGGACGUCUCCUACAGCUCCUCGCAGCACUGGCCGUUCCCUCACAGCUCCUUCAUGGUGGGCUGCCACGCCACCGUCAGCCCCGCCCACACCCAGCUGAACGUGGACCGCUCGGAGCUGGAGGACGCGCGCUGGUUCACGCUGGAGGAGAUCAGCGGCGCCCUGCAGGCGGGGGUCCCGUCCAGAGGAGGCCCGCCCCCAGAUGUGUGGCUCCCCCCCAAACACGCCGUCGCACACCACCUCAUUACAGAGUGGAGAGACCGCCAGCGCCGCCUGCAGGCCUCAGAGUGAACAUGGUGCUGGAGGAGCGGAUUCUGUGGAGGAACAUUUGAUGUUGAGAGCAGAAGUCCCAGUUUGGAGAUCAGAAUCUGAAAUCAAAACGUUUUGAGGAGAAAACAUUUGCAAAUGAAAAUAUGACAUAUUUGAUUUUUAAAAACCUUUUUUUGCUUUUAAAUAUUUUUUUUUCUUUAAAAAACAUUUUUUGCGUUUUGAAAAAACUUUUUUCGCUUUCAAAAACCUUUUUUUUUCUUUCUUUUUACUUUCCAAAAAUAUUUUUGAGUUUCCAGCUCAAAUGAUUCCAGAUGUGUCGUUUCAUCUCUUUUUUUCUUGAAAGCAAAUAACAGUUUUUGAAAGCAGUAUUGAAUAUAUUCAUUUGCAAGUAAUGAAGUUUUAUUCUUAAAACGUAACAUUUUGUUUGUCAUUUAGGAAUUCUUGAUAUUAAAACCGUGACUUUUCAUUCAGGAUGAUGGUACAAACAUCACUCGAUAGAUUUAAAGGAGCUUCUGAAACCUCGGCGCUCCUUUGAAUGGAGCAUGAGGAGCAGGCAGGAGCGUCAGAGGAGCUCCUCAGAACCUGAAGAUGAAGCGGCGAGAACGUUUCUGCAGGAAACUGAGCCGAGGAGAAACAUCCGUCCUCCUGAAUGCUUUUAACUUUCAUCCUGAUGUGUUUUUGGAGAAAUGAUCUCCUGUUUCAGUGGAACUUGCUCGUCUACUUCUUAUUUAACAGAAUAAAUGCUCAUUCAAAUGACAGACAGUGUAAUGUUCAAGUUCCCAUGAUUCUGGCCCAAACCAUGACUCCGCCUCCUCCUUGCUGACGUCACAGCCUUGGAACGCGAUGGUCGUCCACCAACACCCACUGCUCAUCAUCUGGACCAUCCUGGGCCGCAUCAGUGAACCAGCCUGUCGGAGUCUUCAUGUCUGGAUCACUGCAGAGGAUUCGUGGAUCAUUACUGUGAUAUUGUUCGGGUCAAGACAAUUUUUAAUUAGUUUUAGAAAUCUAGUAAAAGUUUGAAAUUGGUUUGGAAUCAACAAGUUAGUUUUAAGUGAAACAAAAUUUAUGCACAGAAAAGUGAACGAUCACAAAGUUUAAUUUUAAUGGGACAAAAAUCAGAAGUUUUUAUUAAACAAAGUUGCUGUAAAUCUUUACUGACCAUCAGCUCAGAAACCACAUGUUGGAAAUGUAAAACCAAAAGAUUCAAAAAUAAACAUUUAUGCAUAUUUUAAUUUGACCAAAUUUCCAUUAUUGUAAAGAGAAUUUGUGAAAUCUGUACAACACAAAUAUUGAUGUCAUAAUUAAACUUCAAAAA